AUGAGUUCUUCUCACCUGAGCAACAGAGUUGAGAGCCGCUUUCGAUCUCCAGAGGAGCAUGAACUGGAGGCUGUGGGGAAGAAAGCCUGGGAUAAUCCUGUCUACAAUGGCUCGCCCUCUACCUCCUUGAAGAUUCGAGCCAUCUACAAUCCCAAAUCAAUUCUGGAGAAUCCCUAUGAGAGUUUUGAAGAGGCGAGGGAUCCGGUGCCAUACCAGGAGGAACAGAACAAAACUAUGGAGGAGAAGACAAGUUCUUUCCUCAAGUGCUGCUUCUACAUCCUCAGAGGCAUCCGAGGUCUGUGGGGCACUACGCUAACUGAGAAUACAGCUGAAAACAGAGAACUUUAUGUGAAGACUACUCUACGAGAGCUCCUAGUCUACAUUGUGUUCUUGGUGGACAUAUGUCUGCUGACAUAUGGUAUGACAAGUUCCAGUGCCUAUUACUACACAAAAGUGAUGUCUGAGCUAUUCCUGCAGAGCUCUUCGGACAACCGUGUCUCCUUCCAGUCCAUUGGCAGCAUGGCUGACUUCUGGGUGUAUGCACAAGGUCCUCUUCUGGAUAAUCUUUACUGGACAAAGUGGUACAACAAUGAGUCCCUAGCGGCGCACAACACUCAGUCAUACAUCUAUUACGAGAACCUGCUACUGGGUGUCCCACGCAUGCGACAGCUGAAGGUGAAGAACAACUCCUGUGUGGUUCAUGAUGACUUCAAAGAGGAGAUCUCAGGCUGCUAUGAUGUAUACUCAGAAGACAAAGAGGAAAAAGUCUCCUUUGGACUCAUCAAUGGAACAGCGUGGAGGUACCAUUCUGAGGAAGAGCUGGGUGGCUCAUCUCACUGGGGAAGACUAACCAGUUACAGUGGGGGAGGAUACUACAUAGACCUCAAGUUGACCAGAGAAGAGAGUGCUGAAGCCCUGCAAGUCUUGAAGGAGAAAUUGUGGUUGGAUCGGGGGACACGAGUUGUCUUCAUUGAUUUCUCGGUGUAUAAUGCAAAUAUCAAUCUGUUCUGUGUUCUGAGGUUAGUGGUGGAGUUUCCAGCCACUGGUGGUGCCAUUCCCUCCUGGCAAAUCCGGACAGUCAAGCUUAUACGAUAUGUCAGCGCAUGGGAUUUCUUCAUUGUUGCCUGUGAAGUUAUUUUCUGUGUCUUCAUCUUCUACUAUGUGGUGGAGGAGAUUUUGGAGCUGCGUAUCCACAGGCUUCAGUACUUUACCAGCAUAUGGAACAUCUUGGAUGUGGUUGUCAUUCUGCUCUCCAUUGUUGCUAUUGGAUUUCACAUCUUUCGUACCAUAGAGGUGAACAGACUGUUGGGGGAGCUGCUGAAACAUCCUGAAACCUACGCGGACUUUGAGUUCCUAGCAUUCUGGCAGACUCAGUACAAUAAUAUGAAUGCAGUCAACUUAUUCUUCGCGUGGAUCAAGAUAUUCAAGUAUAUUAGCUUUAACAAAACAAUGACUCAGCUGUCCUCCACGUUGGCACGUUGUGCCAAGGACAUUCUGGGCUUUGCCAUUAUGUUCUUUAUUGUCUUCUUUGCUUAUGCCCAGUUGGGUUACCUUCUUUUUGGGACACAAGUGGAAAACUUCAGUACCUUUGUUAAAUGCAUCUUCACGCAAUUUCGGAUCAUUCUUGGUGACUUUGACUACAAUUCUAUUGACAAUGCCAACAGGGUCCUUGGGCCUGUUUAUUUCGUCACCUACGUGUUCUUUGUUUUCUUUGUGCUCCUGAACAUGUUUCUGGCCAUCAUCAAUGAUACCUACUCAGAAGUCAAGGAGGAGCUUUCAAGCCAGAAGGAUGAGCUGCAGCUCUCAGACAUCUUGAAGCAGAGCUACAACCGGACGCUUAUGAGGUUGAAGCUGAAAAAGGAACGGAUUUCUGAUGUGCAGAAAGCAUUGCAGAAUGGAACAAAAGAACUGGGCUUUGAGGACUUCAAGAACAGCUUGAAGGAACUGGGCCAUGCGGACCAUGAGAUCACAGCAGCCUUCUCCAGGUUUGACAAAGAUGGCAACCACAUCCUUGAUGAAGAGGAGCAGCAGCAGAUGAAGCAUGACCUAGAGGCAAAAAGGGUUGCUCUGAAUACAGAGAUUGAAAAUUUAGGGAAAUCCUAUGGGGGCAACAACUUGGAUGAGAAUCUGUCCUAUGUGGAAGCAAAGAAUAACCAUGCCAAUAAGGCCAGCUGGGUCUCUGAAGAAGAGUUCCAAGUACUCCUGCAACGUGUGCUGCAUCUGGAACAGUCCAUACACAGCAUUGGCUCCAAGAUUGAUGCAGUGGUAAGCAAGCUAGAAGUGCUGGAGAGAAACAAGCUGAAAAUGAAGGAUUUGAUGGGCAAGCCACUGGAUAACAGUAGGAAGGAGGAAGAACCCAGUCAGGAAGAACUGCUCUCCCAGACCCCAGAUCAGCUGAGGAAAGAAGCAGCAGAAGACUGGGGAGUGGAAUAUGUACAGGGAAAUAACCCAAGUUGCAUAUCUUCUCAGAAUGGGAUCUGUCCAAUCUUGCUCAGGUCAAGUGUACCAGGGUCUCAGGCACCCAAGAACAUCCAGUCACAGUCUGAGUGCUUCUAGCAAACAGCCCAGUGUUCCCAGUCUGGCUUCUACAGUACUAUAUCACUGUCAGUUGUUUUUCCCACUGUUAGAAUAGUCAGAACAGCUGAACGCAGGCACCACUGUUGCCAGAGACUGGUGAUGUGAAAAACUGGGGCUGCUCUUCUCCAGCGUAGUGAUGUGUGAUAUCACAGACCUAGAACUUCUGGCCCCUGUGCCUCUGGACUAGUUAGAAAUU